GGGGACGCCAUGGUCAAUGUGGUUACAGCCAUUGGUUCGUAUGGUGAAUCUAAUGAAAAACCCAAGUCGUGGGUUGAAAGCGUCAAGAAGCUGGGCGAACAGUCUGGUAUCCGCAACUUCUUCUCCCAUAUGAAGAACCCCAGCAGGCUCGAUGAUUUAAAGAAAGAUUUUAGCGAAGCCUUGGCAAUACUGAUGGUUGGUGCGAUAGCAAACAAUCAAGUUCUGAAUGAACUUAAAUAUCCAUUGUCCCCAUCACGAUUCAACACCCCGUAUUAUGCGUGGUGUCGUACCACGGAGGAUAGCAAGAAUCGUGUAUUACUGCUAAGCCGUGGCCGGUGCGGCAAGACAUCUGUUGCGCUCUCGAUCGCAGAGGAGUGUAAAAGAGAAAAGAUAUCAUCAGCAAGCUUCUUUUUCAAAGCAGGCGAGCAGUCGCGGCCGGACCAUCUGUUCAGCGGCAUGGCUCGAUCUCUGGCAACCAUGACCUGCAUACCGUGCCUCCCUCAUAUCCGCUCUUCAGGAGGAUCCAGCCCUCUCGACUGCCCAUUCGCGACGCAAUUCGAGAAACUAGUGGCUGAACCUCUCCGUCUCAGGACAUCCUCGUCUGACCAUGAGUGCGACACAAAGUCAUUCCCACGUCUUGCCGAUAUACUUCGGAAAGCAGUCCCAAAACUACCACCUAACAUCAAAUUCUUUCUCACUUCGAGACAAUUUGACCUCGUUGAUCCAUACGGGAGCGCGGGCGGCUUGUUCAUUUGGAUCAGUACUGUCUUUGAUUACAUGAAGAUGCUGAAGAAACUGCUGGAUGAAGAUCUCAACCGAUCAAAGGCAUCCGCUGAGGAAAUGAUGGAUAGGCUGUAUGCGAGUAUUUUGGAGAAGUGUAACUGGAAGGAUGACGAUUUCAAGCCACUAUCUGUUGCGGCCUGGGAUGCCAUUCUCUCACCACUGCUGGAGAGUAAGGAUGCUAAGCCAAUUCGUAUUCUGCACCAAUCCUUUCGUGACUUUCUCAUGGACCGAGUCGAUCCACAAUCACCCAUACUUGGUCGAUUUGGAGUGGAUGCGAGGAGGGAGAACAACAGACUGCCACCCAUUCCUCAAGAGGCGCUGUCCGAACAUGUCCAUUAUGCAUCCAAUUUCAGGAGCCACUGGAGGCCCAAUGGGCCUAUUCACGCAUUUCUCAAUGAGCAAAUAUCGCGCUGGGUGGAAGUCUGUGUGAGGACGGAAGGGUAUAUUAGUAUAUCAUUCCCUGAAUGGGCCAAGUUGAACGUUGAUCGGGCCUCCAAAGAAGUCAUUCACAUUUGGAGAAAUCUUGCAUUCUUUUUAAGAUUGCAGGAGGCAUAUGAGUUGGCAAGUGAUUCAGUUGCACUGUGCCAUUGCCUUCACUCGGGAAUCUUUGCAUCACUCACCAACCUUGGACAACAUUCUGAGGCACUCCUUGUGAAUGAAGAAAGUGUGAAGCUCUGGCGCGAGCUAGUUGCCACCCAUCCAACAUCAUACACCCCGGAUUUGGCUCGAGCGCUCCGGAAUCUUAGUAUCACUCGACAAAGUUGGACGCCAUUCCGAGGCACUCUCACGAUCGAAGAAAGUGUGCAACUCUGGCGUGAGCUAGUUGCCACCCAUCCAACAUCAUACACCCCAGAUUUGGCUGGAGCGCUCUGGAAUUUUUUGUAUCACUCGACAAAAAAGUGUGAAACUCUGGCGCGAGCUCGUUGCCACCCAUCAGCAUCAUACACCCCAGAUUUAGCUGUCGCGCUCCGAAAUCUUUGUGUAUCACUCGACAAUGUUGGACGCCAUUCUGAGGCGCUCACUGUAAUUGAAGAAAGUGUGAAACUCUGGCGCGAGCUCGUUGCCACCCAUCCAGCAUUCAUACACCCCGGAUUUGGCUCGAGCGCUCCGGAAUCUCAUGGCGCUCACGCUCGUUGUCACCCAUCCAGCAUCAUACACCCGGAUUUGGCUGAAGCGCUCCGGAAUCUUAAAGUAUCACUCGACGAAGUUGGACGCCAUUCCGAGGCGCACACGGUAAUUGAAGAAAGUGUGAACUCUGGCGCGAGCUCGUUGCCACCAUCCAGCAUCAUACACCCCGGAUUUGGCUCGAGCGCUCCAGAAUCUUAUGUAUCACUCGACAAAGUUGGACGCCAUUCCGAGGCGCUCACGGUAAUUGAAGAAAGUGUGAAACUCUGGUGCGAGCUGGUUGCCGCCAUCCAACAUCAUACACCCGGAUUUAGUCGAGCGCUUGGGAAAAGUGUGAAGCACUGGCGCGAGCUUGUUGCCAUCAAACCGAUAUCGUACUCCCUGGAUUUGGCUCGAGCGCUCCGGAAUCUUGUAAUAUCCCUUGACAAUCUCGGACGCCAUUCUGAGGCGCUCCUCGUAAAUGAAGAACAGCUGGGAUCCUGCCAGUAGUUGUCAUUUAUCUGAUAUCAUCCACUCGGGUUCGACACGAUCAUUCUGCAGCCUCACCAGCUCAUGCAAAAGUCACCAUUAUGCCAAGGCCUAACUUUGUUCAAGAUUUUGUUGUCCGUGCGAGUUACCUACCACCAUCAUGUGUUUUUGGCAUAGCCUUGGUAAUGCAGACUCCACCUGUUUUCAUGCUAGGCGCUGUGUGGACGCAGUACAGGAGCCAAUAUUAUACUAUCACUAGCUUGAUUCCCAAUACAUGCGCACAAGUCUUAACUAUCAUAUUCCUGCGUUGCUCAUGGCAGACUCUUCUGCUUCAUCGAUCAUCAUUGUUGAGAAGACCCAGGAGUCUAAUAAUUAUCAUCGCUUUUCGGG